AUGAUGGAGGAGGAGCAAAGAAGCGAGAGAGUCGAUGGGAAUCCGAAAGAGAAACAGGCCAAGUUCUUCGACACGCCUUCAAGCCUAGUCGGGAGCAUCGUCGAGAAAGCUAUAUCGGAUAAUCAGCCUCCGCUGCCCCCCAGGCACACCCUUGUCUCCUUCCCGGUUGCUCGUCAUCGUUCUCACGCACCCCGUUGGUCUCCUUCGGGGAGCAGAGCGCAAUCUAAGGACAAUAAUAAUGUCGAGGAGGAUCAUGCCAGUGAGGAUGAAGAAGAAGAAGAAGAAGAACGUUUCAUGAAUGCAGCCUCCAUUGCUGCUUUUGCUAAACCGCUUCAAAGAAAGGAGAGAAAAGAUAUGGAGCUCAGGACCUGGAAAGAUAUGCCCUCUCCGCAUGAUAGACAGGAAUCAAGGAAAGCUAAGAAGCUCAUUCAAAUGAUACCGCUGUCUGUUGAUUCGCCCACUACUCCCAUGGACGUGGAUAACAACACUUUUGAUACGGCAUCAGACGACCAGAUGAUAGAUAUUGUUUCUGAGAAAGCUACCGAAAGGAUUUCUUUUAACGCCUCUCCUCCUGUACCUGCUACUUCCUCCAGCUCGUAUGGACUCGGAACUAGACACGCGUCCUCAUCUUUGGAGAGUGAAAUUGAUGUAGAGAACCAUGCACGGUUGCAGACAAUGUCACCUCAGGAGAUUGCAGAGGCACAGGCUGAGUUAUUGGACAAGAUGAACCCUGCAUUACUCAGCAUUCUGAAGAAACGAGGCCAUGACAAACUCAAGAAGCGAAAGCAUUCGGUGCCAGGGCUUUCCGAUGCCAACCAGGAAACAAAGAAUUCAAGAACCGAUGGUCAUUUUUUAAGGCAACAGGGCCAGGCUGUUACUCCGUCUGCCUCCCAAGUGGUAGCAAUACCAAAAGAACCAAGUGUGGUGCAAAAUUCAGUGCUAGCCCAAGGCUUCUUGUGGGAUGCAUGGACUGAGAGGGUUGAGGCAACUAGGGAGUUGAGCUUUUCUUUUGACGGGAAUGUCGUUAAAGAUGAUGAUUUCCCAGCUGCUGAAACUGGUGAAAUGUUGUCUGGCGUUGGAUCUGCUGCUGAACGUGACUUUUUGAGAACUGAGGGGGACCCUGGGGCAGCAGGGUACACUAUCAAAGAAGCUAUUGCACUCGCACGAAGUGUGAUUCCAGGGCAAAGAUGCCUUGCUUUGCAUCUGCUUGCAUCUGUACUCGACAAAGCUUCGUGCAAACUUUGUCAGAGAAGAAUCGGCUACACAAGGGAAGGAAAAGAUAAAUCCACUGAUUGGGAAGCCAUCUGGGCUUAUGCACUUGGACCCGAACCUGAGCUUGUCUUAGCAUUGAGGAUGGCUCUUGAUGACAACCAUACCUCUGUUGUUCUAGCAUGUGUAAAAGUGAUUCAGUGUCUACUGAGCUGUUCUCUUAAUGAGAACUUCUUUGAUAUUUUGGAGAAUAUGGGACCACACGGAAACGACAUCUUCACCGCCUCUGUGUUUAGGAGUAAGCCAGAGAUUGAUCUUGGCUUCCUCCGUGGUUGCCACUGGAAGUACAGCGCUAAACCCUCCAACAUUGUUCCUUUCCGUGAAGAAAUUGCUGAUGAGGAGACAGAAGAUAAGGAAACUAUUCAGAAAGAUGUUUUUGUAGCUGGACAAGAUGUUGCUGCUGGUCUUGUCAGAAUGGAUAUCCUUCCAAGAAUUUAUCACCUUCUGGAGACAGAACCAACGGCAGCGCUCGAGGACAGCUUAGUUUCUGUUACUAUUGCAAUAGCAAGACAUUCUCCAAAAUGCACAACUGCAAUCUUGAAGUAUCCCAAAUUUGUGCAAGCAGUCGUCAAAGGAUUCAAGUUGAACCGAAAAAUGGACGUUCUUCCUUCUCAGAUCAAUUCUGUUCGCCUCUUAAAGGUGUUGGCCCGGUAUGACAAAAGCACUUGCAUGGAGUUUGUCAAAAAUGGGACAUUCAAUGCGGUCACGUGGCAUUUGUUUCAGUUCACCUCCUCUCUUGACUCAUGGGUGAAGUUAGGGAAGCAGAACUGCAAGCUUACAUCUGAUUUGAUGGUUGAACAACUCCGGUUUUGGAAGGUCUGUAUCCAAAGUGGCUGUUGCAUAUCUCGCUUCCCAGAGCUAUUCCCAGCUCUGUGUCUGUGGUUAACUUGCCCAUCAUUUGAAAAGCUCAAGGAGAAAAAUCUCAUCUGCGAGUUUACUUCUGUGUCAAAGGAGGCUUACCUGGUCCUUGAGGCUUUUGCUGGAACACUUCCUAGGAUGUACUCACCAAACAUUUCACGGAACGAAACUGGGGCUUGGGACUGGAGUUAUGUCAGCCCUAUGAUUGAUACAGCACUGAGCUGGAUAACAUUUGCCCCCCAAUUACUCGAGUGGGAGAGAGGAAUCAAAAGUGUCUCUGUGUCCACUACUUCUCUGUUGUGGUUGUAUUCGGGUGUCUUGCGUACAAUUUCCAAAGUCCUUGAGAAAAUAUCUGCCUAUGUAGAGGAAGAACCUCUGCCAUGGCUGCCGGAGUUUGUUCCAAAGAUUGGCCUCGCCAUCAUCAAGCACAAGCUUCUUAGUUUUUCCGUUGCAGACGUAAGCAGGUGUGAAAAAGACUCUCUCAUGUGUUCCUCUUUUAUGGGAUUUUUGUGUCUUCUAAGAGAACAAUCUCAAGAUGAAGAACUAGCGCUUGCUUCUGUGAGUUGCCUUCAUGGGUUAACGCGGACUAUCCUGUCCAUUCAAAUUCUGAUAGAAUCUGCUAGAUCUAAGAUGAAAACUCCUCCUCAGGGAAGCGUUUCCGCUAGGGAUGAGUCUUUGCUUGCAAGAGGAAUACUGACAGAGUCUCUCGCUGACCUAACAUAUGUGUGGAGCUCUAUAAGAGAUUCCGUUGCAUCAGAAUGGCCCAUCGUGCAAUCCAUUGAGCUACACAAACGAGGCGGACUAGCUCCUGGGCUGGGACGUGGUUGGGGAGCUAGUGGUGGUGGGUUCUGGUCGACCAGAGUUCUGUUGGCCCAAGCUGAUGCCGGUCUUCUGAGUCUCUUUCUUAACAUCUCUCAAAUGGACUCGCAGAAUGAUCAAGGAUCGGUUUGCUUGAUGGAUAAAAUGAACUCUGCUUUAGCUAUGUGCUUGAUUGCUGGUCCAAGGGAUCAUUUACUUGUGGAAAAAGCCUUCGACUAUGUCCUUAGACCGCAUGCUUUAGAACACCUGGCCUGCUGUAUCAAGUCAAACAAGAGAACCAAAGCGUUUACAUGGAAAUGUAGUGAAGAGGAUUAUCAUCACAUGAGCAAGGUGCUCGCUUCUCACUUCAGACUCAGAUGGUUACACCCAAAGAGAAAAUCUAAAGCCGAGAAUGAAGUCAGUGGGGUAAGGAAAGGCGCAGUGGGUCUGGAGACUAUUCAUGAGGACGGUGAAAUGCCAAAUUGCUCGACUCAGGACCAAAAAUCAGACUCUCUGGUCAUAGAGUGGGCUCACCAGAGAAUGCCCCUGCCUCCACACUGGUUUCUCAGCUCCAUGUCAGCAGCCAAUGGUGGUAAAACUCCAGCGGGGCCACCAGAAUCGAGGGAGUUGCUUGAAGUCGCGAAAGCCGGGGUUUUCUUUCUUGCAGGACUUGAGUCAUCGACUGGGUUGGGAUCGCUUCCGUCUCCAGUUGCAAGUGUGCCGCUGGUUUGGAAGUUUCACGCUUUGUCCACUGUGCUGCUUGUUGGAAUGGAGGUCAUAGAAGAUGAGGACACUAGGAACUUGUACAGUUUUCUCCAGGAGCUCUAUGGGCAGGUUCUUGAUGAAACGAGACAAAAUCAGCAUGAAAUUAAGCUCCUGAGAUUCAAGUCUGACAUAUCCGAGAAUUACUCUACCUUUCUGGAGAUGCUGGUGGAGCAAUAUGGUGCAGUGUCGUAUGGUGAUGAAUUGUAUGGCCGGCAGAUGUCGACCUACUUGCAUCAGUGCGUGGAACCCUCAGUUAGGCUUUCGGCAUGGACUGCGCUUGCCAAUGCCCGUGUUCUUGAGCUUUUGCCGAGUCUAGACAAAUGCUUGGGAGAGGCACAAGGUUACCUCGAACCAGCUGAGGAAAACGAGGGGGUCCUGGAGGCAUACCUAAAGGCAUGGACAAGUGGAGCUCUGGACAGAGCAGCGACGCGAGGAUCUGUAGCGUUUACACUAGUGUUGCAUCACGUUUCAUCGUUAUUGUUGAGCGAGGAUAAAGUAUCCCUGCGGAAUAAGAUUGUUAAGUCUCUUGUGAGCGAGGAUAAAGUAUCCCUGCGGAAUAAGAUUGUUAAGUCUCUUGUGAGAGAUUUAUCCAGAAAGCGGCAUCUUCGUGAGGGGAUGAUGCUAGAACUCCUGCGAUAUCGUAAAUGGUGCGCAGAUGCCAUGGAGGAAGAAGAAGAAACAGCAACGGAAACAAGGGAGAGACAGAGAAGAAUAGAGGUGUUGAAGGAGGCUUGCCAAGGAGACUCCUCCCUCCUCACAGAAGUGGAGAAGCUCAAAUCAGCCUUGUUUGGAACCAUGUGA